AUGGCGUCGAUCCAGUUCGUUCUUAGUGUACCCCAUCCCGGAGGCACAGUGGGUAUUACGGACGCGCAACGGAGAGCGGCCCAUUCGCAUGCAGCUCGCAUACGACACGCUAAGGCGAGACGGUCGAGGACCAUACACCACCAGGCUCAGAAGAGAGACACAUCUCAGAAUCUGGAAGGAGUGAAGGGUGGGACAGAUCCGCAAAAAGAUACUAUCGACCUACGAAUCUGCCGCGCUCUCUCUGCAGGCCGGAAGGACCCGUUCAUGAGCUUUGCAUUACUCUUAAGCCCAUUGGAGCAUUGGCUGUUUGACCAUUGUAACUGCUGCCCCAUAAAAUAUCUUACUUGGGUAGUCUAA